AUGGCCACUGUCCCUCACUACCAUCUCCCCUUUUUACCAUCUUGCCCCUCCUCCUCCUUCUCCUCCCUUUCUCUACUCUCCUUCUCCACCAAACACAGGUCUUUCAAGAUCCUCUGCUGCCUAUCAAUAAAGGAGUCAAAAAAUGAUCACCAAAUCAUCCCACAAGAACCUACCAUCCCUGCCAAGAACAGCCUCAGGGUGGUGUUGGCAGCUGGUGGAACUGGUGGCCACAUAAUCCCAGCUGUUGCAAUUGCUGAUGAGCUAAGAAUAUCAAACCCGGACACUGAAAUCCUCUUCAUAGGCACCCCAAAUAGCAUGGAAAGCGCUUCCAUUCCUUCUGCAGGAUACCCUUUCACUUCCAUCCCUCCAGUAAGACUUUUUAGGCCUCUCUUUUCCCUUGAAAAUCUUCCCCUUCCCAUACAUUUGAUACAUUCAAUAAUCCAUAGCUUUAAAGUACUUAGAGAAUUUGACCCCCAUGUUGUUAUAGGCACAGGGGGUUAUGUUUCGUUCCCUACUUGCCUUUCUGCUGUAUUAAAAAGAACCAAGAUUGUUAUCCAUGAACAGAAUUCUGUUCCAGGUAUUGCAAAUUAUGUUCUUUCGUAUUUUGCUGAAUUGGUUUUUGUGGCUUAUAAUUCUACAAUCGAGUGUUUUCCAAAGAAGCACAAGUGUAUGGUGACUGGAAAUCCUGUGAGGCUGUCCUUGAGGCAGUUUGUUUCCGAGGCAGUUGCGAGGUUGGAGUUCUUUCCGCAGUCCGGGGAGGAGGCUAAGGUGAUUUUGGUGCUUGGAGGGUCUUGGGGGGCUAAUGCUAUUAAUAUUGCUUUGUUGAAUGUGUAUAGUCAAAUGUUGUUGGAGCAUAAGAAUUGGUAUAUUAUAUGGCAAACUGGUGUGGAGUCUUAUAAUGAGAUGGAGAGCCUUGUUAGAAAUCAUUCAAAUUUGGUUUUGAAGCCGUUCUUGCAUUCAAUGGAUUUGGCAUAUGCUGCUGCGGAUCUUAUUGUUUCCAGAGCAGGUGCAAUGACUUGCUCUGAAAUCUUGGCCACUGGGAAACCUGCUAUUCUGAUACCAUCACCAGAUGUAGCCGAAGGACAUCAGUUCAAAAAUGCUUCUAUGAUGGCAGAUGUAGCAGGAACAAGGAUUAUUACUGAAGACGAACUUGAUUCAACCACCCUGGGAACUACAAUUGAAGAGAUUUUAGGAGAUGAUGCUUUGAGGGCAGAGAUGUCAGAAAGGGCCCUGAGAGCUGCGAAGCCUGAUGCCUCUGCACAGAUUGCACAACAUAUUCUUUCCUUGGUUGAGUCAUCAAGCAAAAAGUAG